CUGGUUUGCGCCUCCCGCGACCGUUAGACUGAGCGACUGGCUCCUCAUCCCGUCUGAAGCCCUCGCCGACGCGUCGGUGGCCCGGGCCCGCCCCCCGCCGUCGCGGCCACCGCCUGCCUGCAAUGGGGAGGCCGCCGCGCACGGCCCUGGCCCAACCCUCCGCCACGUCCCCGCGCCGCUUCGGAGGGAACUCGCCGCUGCGGCCUUCGCGCGCGUCGGCGCUGCGGAGAGUGGCGGCGGUGCUCUUCCUUGCCGCCGCGGUGGCGCUGCCCUGCGCCGUGCUGUACCGCGCCGCCGUGGAUGCUACGGCGCCGGUGUACAUCCCGCGGGCUCGCCGGCCCUUGUUGCAGUGGGACCCGUCGCCGCUUCCUCCAGUUGAGAUCCCCGCGGAGGACGGCGACGACGAUCCCUUCCCCGCAGACGAUCUGGACAGUGAAGAUCUCAGACUAGAGCUGGUUCUGCAGGAGGCUUCUAUGGACGAUAAGACCGUAAUAUUGACGACCCUCAAUGCUGCAUGGGCUUCACCAGGCUCAGUGAUAGACCUUUUCAUUGACAGUUUCCAUCGUGGCGUUGGUACUAGUUCACUUUUGAGACAUCUUGUGAUAGUAGCAUUUGACUGGAAGGCAUAUAAGCGAUGUGUCAAGAUCCAUCCCUACUGCUUUGCUCUUACAACUGAAGAUGUGGAUUUUUCUGAAGAGAAGAGGUUUCAGACCACUGGGUAUCUUGAAAUGAUGUGGAAAAGGCUGGAUUUCUUACGGCUAGUGCUUGAAAAAGGUUACAGCUUCGUUUUCUCGGAUGCUGAUAUCAUGUGGUUCCGCAAUCCUUUUCCAUUCUUUUAUUCUGAUGGAGACUUCCAGAUUGCAUGUGAUCACUAUGUGGGCAAUGCAACGGACUUGAGGAACAUAGCAAAUGGAGGAUUCAACUAUGUGAAGUCAAAUGAUCAAAGCAUAGAGUUUUACAAGUUUUGGUAUUCUUCUCGAUUUAGGUAUCCUGGGUACCAUGAUCAGGACGUAUUUAAUUUUAUAAAGCAUGAUCCUUACACUACAGAUAUUGGUCUGACAAUUAAGUUCUUAAGUACAUCGUACUUUGGUGGCAUCUGUGAGCCAAGCAGAGAUUUAAACAAGGUUUGCACCAUGCAUGCAAACUGCUGUAUUGGACUGCAGAGCAAAAUUCAUGACCUGAGAAUCAUGAUGGAAGACUGGAGGAACUAUAUGUCGAUGCCACCAAGCCUAAAAAUUUUUGGAGCAUUGUCAUGGAGGGUACCACAAAAUUGCAGCCUGUCGUUAUUAAGCCCAUGAGGCAUGCUUGUGGAGUUGAAACAGUUCACUACUGCAAAACAUGUCAAUGCUUUAAUGUAUGCUUACGGAAGGAAAUACUUCAAAGGGCGGAUGAGCUCCUACUCCAGAGACCAAGGCAGGAGCUGGGUCAUGAGCUAGCAUUUACUCCCGUCCUAUGCGGCUAUGCCACGUGAUUUGCAUGAAGGCAUGCAGCGCCCCUUGAAUCCCAUCCUUAUUCAUGCAAGGUCCUCCGCGUAAUUAUGUGGGUUACCAAGGAGAGGGGCUGCUGGGUGACUGAGGCUGUUCCGAGGCCGCGCCCUUUAUAUGUAGAAAAGCUGAUUUUGCUCAUCCGCCCUACAAACGUGGAAGGAGGGAGUAUGCUACAAGUGGUGCAUGAAUCAAAGAGUAUUCUUGGAGAAAGGAAAAGCUGGUGCCGGAUCAGUACCAUUGCUUCCAAAUUUAUACCUUUGACUUACCGUAUGCAUCUCAUCUUUGGAAAAUCAACCGUGGCAUAUAUGUGAAUAUGUCAAAUUGCAUCAAGUGGCAGGUGUUUUGCCUGUGUAGUAAGCAGCGGCAAGAGGCAAGGGGGGUUUUGACUUCUGAACAUGGGACAAGUGACAGCACACCUGUUAUUGGCAUGGUCCCAUACUCCCCGUUUUCCAGGUGAGGGUGUCUCUCAUGUUGAUAGUCAGAAAAUUUGAUACAUGAAGCAAUUGCUCAUCAAGUGGUCUCGGUUUUGGGCAUUACUUGACGUGAACAAUUUCAUGGAGAAAUAUCGAUUUAUUCUUCAAUU